CCAUACAUUCGGUGUGUAUUGCGUGGCUAAAUGGAAUUACUAAUGCAGGUCUUAUCAGUGGCAACUGUCUUGUAAACUACGCACCGAUGGGACAGGACGUAGAGAUUCUUAACCUGCUGUAUACGGGGCAGCGUGAUGCCUUUGAAGCACGGUUACAGCAGUUUCGUCGUGUACAGCUGACGCAAUCCAAGUCAGGCAAGAUAAAUCUUUGCCGUUUGAUAAGUGGUAUAGUUCGUGUUGAUGGCCAGUACUCCUGCGUGCUCAUAGAGGAUCUUUGCAACCUAUUGAACGAUGGUGACGCAGCGGUUCGUAACGAAGCGCUGCAUUGCUUUGCGGCAACAGCUCAUAUAUUCAUGUUCCACAUAAUGCUAUCUCGUGGGUUAUACCCAUGUAGUGACGCCACUCGUGAUUCCUUAUCUGACUUAUCUUGCGCACUGAGUUUGGUGAACCACUUAGCAAUUGGCGUCGACGCCAGUGACUGCCGUGGGAAGCAUGGCGUCGGCAGCAUUUCAGAGCUUGUUCAUCACGCUUCAAAGUCACCUGUUGCCAAUGCUAUCCGCGUAGUCAUGAUAUCGCUUGCAAUGGGAGGUCAGCUUAGGUCAGUGCCUGGAGACGUGAAUUCACCUGAGGAAAACCGUGAGCACUCCGGUGCUACAGAAGAGCGCUCAUUUGUAAAUCGCAGAUAUGACCAUGAUGACUGGCGUUCCGUAAUCCGUGGCAAUGCCGAUAUCCUGGGCCAGGUAUCGCAAUGGUGUUUAAAUGGAACCCGGGCACUGCGCGUGUGCAUUAACGGAGCUACUAAAUCCAAUACUCCAUCGACUUUAUAUCGUAGUCUUUUGGCAGCUGAGGCUGCUACCACGCUGAUAUCGCAUUACCCAAAGCGGUACUUUAAGGUCCUGGCACCUGCUAUAGUAAGUGCGCAUACUCACUUGUACCGCACAGUGACCGCCUAUGAGACCAUGUUAUUCCGGUUAUUCACCAGUGCUCGAGUCCUGGAGUUCCACCAUACCAUGGUGCGCAUGUUGAAUGACGCCGGGUACGAGUGCGACCUCGUUGGCAUGUACAAGAGGUCGCACGUAGCCGCUAGCGGCAACCGUUGUUACAUUGCCGGUGGCGAACCCGGAGUGCGUGAAGACGAUGCCGUGGAUAUCAUGUCGAUAAUAGAGCGAAGCUGUACCCCGGAGGAGCGUCUGCAGCUGGCAAUGACUCGGGUUGAGCCUGUAAUGUCACCCGAGGAGUUGAAGUCAUACAAAGCGGCGCAGUCAUUCGAGAUGGACACUGCCGCACUACGCUUUCUACAUUCCCCUGAUACUACCUUCGAUUGCUCGUCUCACGGCUUAAGGCUUUCCGCUGUGAACCCCGAGAAAGCCCCGAUAGAUGACGUUGAUUGCGUUGCUAAUGUCAAGUUCACCAUCCCGGCGAAAUCAUAUGAUGUUGUCCCAACACGCUGUGAUACUAUACAGGAGUACCAUAAAUUAUACAGCUCACUUGUGGCAACCCAAAUGAUGGAUACCGCGGUAGCAUACCGCUGUCAUUUGAAGACCCGUGUAAUACUAGGUAACCGUCGCGAUAGGUUCGAUGCAUUCAGUCGUACGCUAUUUAACAAGGUACUACUCUCAUGUGCCCUGCCGAUUGAUACCCAGCGAAUCCUAUUCCGCUCGUUGAUUGACCACAUAUCUCAGAUGGUGAUGCUGGAGUUUGCAUCGUCCAAUGGCUUGAAGCAUUCACGUGGACGCGUGGUAGCCCCUGCAUUGACCGAUGCCCGUGCAGCAGGGGUUGAUGAAUUACUCAACAUAGUAGCCUCGGAACGUAGUUCCGAGCCUUUGGAACGCUUUUUGGAUUGCGUCAACUCUGUGUUGCUGACCAAGUCAUGUAUAGACCUUGGUAGGGCAUACGUAAAGCAGGAAUACACAUCACGGAUGUCUUACGACGAGAUGGUUGAUAUGGUUAUCCAAAGGAUUUACAGCAGUGAUAUACUGAAACAAGUUGAUAUCCGUGAUGCCUACGUGCUUCAGGUAUGUAGGUUUCUACUCAACCUACCACUGGUACCAUUAUCAUUGGUUGACCAGAUAAAGUCAUGGGUAGUGGAGCCAUGUAGUAUCAGGCUUGCAUUUUCACUAACAUCCAACAUACUGAAGCGAUCCCUGGAUACUAAUUUAAAACAACUUGUAUUAAGCCUAUUCCUUGGUUUUAUAACAUCGGAUGAUAACGACAUCCGAGGUAUAUUCCUGAAGCUAGUGUCGUCCCCCAAGGGACUGUAUCACGUACGUACUGAAGGGCAUAGAUACAGUACUGCAUCACGUGAGGUUGUGCAUGAAAGAAUAGUAUCCUGGAUACGCAACGGUGGUGGUUGUUCUGCUUGUGGUCUAGGACCAUACCUUGCAACUGAAUUGGUCCAACAGUGUGAGACCAUGUUCAGCCGUCCUUUAUGGCAGUGGCCCAAGGCCCUCCUAGGCAAGAUAUCAUCUAGUCACAUGCCCACAGAUGAAGUGUCCACCACUUGCGAGUGGGACUCGCUACUCAAGAGAGCCAACAGCGAGCUUGAUGCCAUGGACCCAAUUGACUGGUCACUGUUACCGUCAAUAUGGCUUGAGGAGUUAUUCGCUCUAUUGGCUAUGCCGGGACGCUUUAAUGGACACCCAAUAAUCACGAAUAUUGCUACAAAGUGCCUAGAAAGCGGAUCACAGAGUUUAUACGAGCCCAUAGUUGUAGCCUCUGGGAAGAAUGGGUGUCUAGUUCCAUUUGUAUGUGAUUUGGCACUUGCAUUAGGAGAGCAUGUGUAUGACAAGGCUAAGGAACACUGCUGUACACAUGUUGGAGAGAUAGCUUACGUCCUGAAGCUGGAUGGGUCGAGUAAUCAAUUUUUGAUAUCACUGAUCAGUGAUGUACGUAAAAUGUGGCUUGAUCCAAAGUAUCAAUUCCUGGACAAGUGGUCAGAACCGAAUUCAUCUGCCAAAUCACUAGUAGACACCGCAAUGUGCCAUUUGGCUACGUGUGAGGAUUAUGCAAUACAACUGUGCCCAUUCAUAAGUGCCGACCAGUUGGAGUCACUGGUGACGCACUUGUUUAACAGGGGCACCGAGGACCAGUUGAAGCAUGUACUCAGUUUACUAGUAGAGGUGCCACAUACAUUCAGACGUGAGCAGAAGGAACUUAACCUAGCAUUGCCUCAGCAUUUCAUGUACCACUGCUACAGCGUUAAACCAGUUAAGGACCAAUUAAAACGACAGACGGGACUACUCGAUCAUUGUAUCGACUCUUGCGUAUCAGGAUACAUGCCCGUGGAAUCAGCACUAUCGGCAUGUACAUUGAUAGUCGAGAGCCCAGAGGAGGUUUCGUUCGUCUUCGGGAGGGUGUUGUGCCAACUGGUACAAAAGGUUACCCAAGCUCGCAGUGUAGUUGUGCAGUCGAUUUUACCAGCACUUUUCAAACGCAACGCAUGGGUUAACAAGAUGCUCUGGCGCGGUGUUAUCAUUUGCAUGACUACAUUAUGGCCUGGUCAUAAGGAGUACAUUUGCAGGUUACUCCUGCUGCUGCCGCCGGAGUACGGCGAAGCCACUAUCAAGGCGCUACAGAUACAACACAACGUCAUAGCUUACAUGGAGUCUACACUGCCUCAACUUGACCACACCGUUCACAUACCGAGCUAUAUCAAAAUGAUGCUGUCACUCUAAUGGAGUUAAUCUGUAUAGC